AUGAAGGGCUGGCUCCAGGCACUCGGCUUAACUGCCUUGUUGGCAGGGCGGGCGCUUGCAAAUGAGGUUGAAUUGACACAGGAUGAGGCCCACAGACAGCGGUGUUCGGGGAUGUACAGUCGCAAAGCUUGGGGUGGAGAAGUUGAUCCGUUCAUAUUGACCAAAUUUAUAUCAGAAUCGGGUGGAGGAGAGGGCGACCCUCUAGUCAGCAUGGUGAUAUUUGAAUGGAGUGAUGAGUCCUUAAUUGGGAGACCCGUGUCCAACGACGCCGAGGUAUGCUCUGGAUGCCAGCAAGAGAUUGCCAGCAUGCUUAUAAGUACAUUACAGGAGAAAGAGACCAUCUGUGAUGAAGCCAGUGUUCGAGCGAACCUCUGUAAGCAAGACGAAAUAGGGUCCUUUAUCCUCGCUCCGAACGCAACCGAGACCUCGAAAUUCCCGAUUAUCUCCAAAGCGGUAAAUUUAAAUAAGCUCGAGGCGGUGAAAUACCCGGUCAAGAAAACGGGUUUCUACUGCGUGAGCACUUAUGCCUACUCUGGAAAGGGCUAUAGAGCGGUGGUCGAGUUUAGAAAUGCGUAUGGUGAACUACCCGCUGCGCAGAUCGCUAAACUGCCAUUCUAUGGGGGCUUGACAAUUGUCUACGCGGUUAUUGGAAUAUUCUGGGCUUUCCUCUACGUGCAAAACCGUCAUGAUAUUUUGCCCGUGCAAAAUUAUAUCACCGCUAUAUUAGUCUUUUUGAUUGUCGAACAGUUGAUGACUUGGGGUUUCUAUGACUAUCAAAACCGUAACGGCUUAAAUCUGGGAGCGAAAGCAUUGAUGGUUAUUGUCGCUGUUCUCAAUGCAGGACGGAAUGCCUUCUCAUUCUUCCUUCUUAUCAUUGUCUGCAUGGGUUAUGGUGUUGUCAAGCCCUCUCUUGGUCGCACCAUGGUUUACGUGCGCAUUCUCGCUAUAGCCCACUUUGUUUUCGCCGUGAUUUAUGCUGUGGCAAGCUUGUCGAUAACCCCUGAUAGCGCUGGACCGCUUGUUCUCCUGAUUGUGCUUCCACUUGCGGGCACAUUGACAGCGUUCUAUGUGUGGACGUUGAACUCGCUGAAUGCGACUAUGAAAGACCUGGUUGACAGGAAGCAGAAGGUCAAAGCGAUGAUGUACAAGAAGUUGUGGUGGUGUAUCCUGGGCAGCAUUAUGGUGAUAUUCGGCUUCUUCUUCAUCAACUCGAUUGUCUUUGCGGGUCGCAGCGACGCGAGCUUUGUGCCGGACCACUGGAAGACCAGGUGGUUUGUGCUGGACGGCUGGCUAAAUAUAGUUUACUUGUUUGACAUUGCGUUCGUUGCCUAUCUAUGGAGACCUACCGCCAACAACAGACGCUUCGCUAUGAGUGACGAGCUUGCGCAAGACGACGAUGGAUUUGAGAUCCGGUCCUUUGGUAGUGCAUUGGACGAAGAAGACGUCCUCGCUGAUGCAGAGGGACACCACGGCUCCGAGCAGCGCCGGGACCUAUCGCCUGUGCCUCCUAAACCUGUUCCUUCUGCGCCGCGCCACCGGGAGUCUCUCGAUGGAGAGACGAUCUUCGCUGUUGGCGAAGAUGGUGAUAAAUGGUCGGAUGAUGACGAAUCACCCCGCAACUCCGGCGAGCGACAGCGGCUUACUAGCAAGGAUUAG